GGCAGGUUUGUCGAGUAUAGCCAGGAAUAGUUGUGUGUGUGCUGGCUCAUCUCUUCUGAUGAUGGAUUGAUUUCUUUGCAGGGGAAAUGUCUUACGAUCGCAAGAGGAUCAACCCCAACAUCCACAAGAUCAGGGAAUUCGAACUGGAAAAGAUCAACUUAGCGGAGGAAUUCGAUAUUCUUCAAAUAGUUGGUGAGGGAUGGUUCGGGAAAGUCCUUCUGGUCGAGCACCGGGUGACAGACACAGAAAUGGUCCUCAAAGCUCUGCCAAAGCCUUAUGUAUCGAUAAAAGACUUUUAUAGGGAAUUCCACUAUGGUCUUCAGCUUUCCGCCCACAAAAACCUCAUCACCACUUACGAUGUCGCCUUCGAGACAGCGGGCUUCUACGUCUUCUCCCAAGAGUACGCCCCUCUGGGAGACUUGAUGUCCAACAUUUCAGAAACUGGAAUCGGUGAACUGCACAGCAAGAAAGUCGCCAAGCAGCUGGCGGCUGCACUAGAAUACAUACACGCCCACGGAUUGGUCCAUAGGGAUGUGAAGCUGGAUAACAUCUUGGUAUUCCGAUCAGACUUCUCCAGGAUCAAACUGUGUGACUUCGGAGAGACGCGAAAAGUUGGUACCCUAGUCACAAGAAGAAAUGAAUGGCUGCACUAUGCUCCACCAGAAGUCCUUGCUCUUGCCAAUGACCAACUCUAUGAGUGCAACACUUCUCAUGACGUUUGGCAGUUUGGCAUAGCCAUUUUCAUCUGUUUGACAGGAUGUCUACCAUGGCAGAAAGCAGCUCCUGAUGAUCCCAGGUUUGGCAGGUAUCUUCUAUGGCAGCAAGGUUCUAACGUUUUACUUCCAGUAAGGAGGCCCAAACUAUUUAAGCUGAUUUCUAACAAAGCACAGCGGUGGUUUAGGAAAUAUUUAGAACCUCGAGGUGAAAAAAGGCCAACUUCGCUGAGUGACAUGCCACGCUACUUUGAAGAUAGAUGGUUGGCCAGAUCUGAAAGACCAGAAGAGGAGAGGGAGGAUGAAACUCUCUGCCCAUCAAUGUACAGCUACCAUAGUAGUCCAGAAGAAAAGAACAGGCUAUUGUACACCUUAACUCAAUAUGGAAUCGAGACAACAGUGGAUCGCACAGCAAAGAAAGACAGGAUAAGAGAAUGGAUACAAAGCAGCGUCAUCGAAGAAGAGGAUGAAGAAAAGAUGGACGAAGGCACUUCUUCGACAGCUGGGAGCCAAGGCUUGAGUGCAUGAAAUUACUAAAUGUAGUUGCUUCAUCCCCAUUCCAGGUUUAAAGCUAAGCACUACAGCUAAUUAAAGCUAAUUAGGGGCUAAGCACUCUGGAGUUGAGUGCUUUGAGUUUUCCUAUUUAACCUUAGGAAUGUGAAGUAUAUAUCCGUCUAUUCGUGAAGUGGCACUUUGCCAUUUUUGUUCCCUAUUGUCACUAGGUACUAUUUAUAUGGCCUGUGAUAGGAAGUGAAGGUUAUUUACAUCAGGUAAAUAAAUGUAAAAACCUUCCUUAAUGGCGUUUAUGAGGAGUAAAUGCCCGAUCAGUAUUUUAAACUGCUGUUUUUUUUAUUGAAAAUGUGAUGUUUUCAAAGCAGGUAUGAUUGAUUACAUGAUUGUAUCUAUGUUUUUAUAAAGAAACUUGCUGAGAUGUUUUCUUGUGAAAAAAUCUAAUCAUAAUGAGAAGAUGUAAACUAGUGAAUAUUGUAUCUUUUUAAUUUUUUAGUAAUAAAUUUUGUUAUAAUUUGUGUAAAUAUUCCAUUUCCUUAGCCAAAAAUAAUAAGUCUUUCCUUUAUAUUUUUCUUCCAGGAUAACAAGUACUCACUUUGAUAUGGCAAAAUUAUUUUUAUUGAUUAAAUAAAAUGUUUUAGAUAGUUAAAUAGAUUUAUUAAUUAAAAAAAAACAAAAUUAUAACAAUCCGUGCCUAAACAGUCAUAUGUAUCUUUCAUAAUUGCACAUAAAGGAAUCUUAUAUUUUUAUAUUAAUAGCUAAUACAGUCAUUAUGAUCAAAUAUGUAAGUUAAACCACUAGUUUAGAGUAUUCAUCUAUAAAUUAAUUCCUAACUUUCAUGAUAUCCUAAAAAUUUAUAGCAAUAGAAAGAGUUCACUUGAAGUACACAUAUUAUUAAUUUUUCACUAAUUCUAAGUCAGUAUAAAAUAUUCCUUCAUAGAAACAAAUCUCCAGAUUGCCAAAACUAAAUAAUUUAAACUUCAUAAAGUAUUUAAAAAUAUCCGAUCGAAAAUAUCAUAGAAAAUGAAAUAAAUUAUAUCCAAUUAAACACUUAUACUUUAUACAAUUCUGGAAAUCUCAUUUUUAAUUAAAUAUUAGAACCAAAUUAAAAAAAGUUUUGAAAAUAGUAGGUUUUGAUUCUUUCAAUGGUUGUGAUGCGAUAAAAUCUCAAGUUAUCAUGAAUUUAAAUAUCUGAAUCUUGGCAUGUUUCUUGUUCUUGUAAAUAUAAAUUUUAAGAUUAUAAGAAUGUAUUUUUUUUUUUUGUUUACAGAUAAGAAAAAAUAAUUAAAAUAUUGAAUAUUAAUUAAUUUUUUAAACUUUUUAUUUGUAUGAAGGUUAGGAAAAAAAAAAUCAGAUUUAUUGAAAAACUUGUUGUUAAGAAGGAAUAAACUUUAAAAAAAAGGAUAUUAGUUCAUUAAAAGAUAAAAUGGAUUUAUCAUUCGUCUUAAAGCAGCAAUGCACCAUAUUCAGUUCUGAAUAAUAAUAUUCAUAAUCAAGUAGAAGAAAUGGCUACGUUGUAGAUUUCCAACUUCCAUACAAUGCUUAAAAGAAGGAGCACUUGGAAAUAUGGUUUGCUGAAUUUCAGAAGAAAAAACUAUCACUAAAUGCCAUGGUACACAAAGUUACCUUCAAACAAAAAGCCAGUUCUGAACAAUUAAUCAUUAAUAAUUAAUAAACUGUUAACUUUAUGAUAAAUAAAGUAUGUUAAAAGGAAUGGAAGUUUCAUGUUAUUAUCAUGAACCAACAUUUAUUUAAAUAUAUGAUAUAUCAUACCAAAUUUAAAACAAAUACUACUACAACUACAAAAUUUUGGGUAUAUCUUUAUUUUUGGUUGCAUUUUUAUGAUGAUCCAAGUAUUUUUAAACUUGAGUCUGUUGAGAUUAUUUAAUAAUAUUUGGUGAUUGCUGCACAGUACUUAUUUUAAUAGUAAUAUCUGCAAGAAGAUAAUUGCAUAUUAAGAUAAAUAUCCUAUUAUAUUAUUAUUUUUUGACUUUUGAGUUCAGGAAUGAUGUUUGUAUUUUAAUAUAGAUAAUAAUCCAAAAAAAAUAUCAAACCUCUAGAAUAAUUUAUACUCAUUACCAAGCUAGUAUUUGUCUUCUCUUUUUUUUUUUUCCAUAAUGCUGAUAUAAAAAUGAAUCCUCAUGAAUAUAUUAAUUUUUAAAUACUUUGUUUGAAAACUACCUAAGAAGAUAUAUAUUUUUAUUCCCAAUAAUCAUGCUAAGCCAUAUAUAAAUAAACUAAAUAAUAGUGGUAAUAGCAAGUGAAUAAAAGCCACACUGGGAUUUUUCAGAAAAUAUACUAAAGAUCAGUGGCAACCCGGAGGGGUGCUCGUUAAGGGUGCCGACAGAUCUUCAGAGGUGCCUGCUACUAGUUAGAAAUUAAAAAAAAAUACAAAAUCUAUUAAAAUAAUAAAUUUUAGUCUAUCAAUGGAGCAAAUUUAUUAGAGAAGUGUUGAAUGAAAUAAAAUUUAAAUAUUCCAUAACAUAAAACAGCCUAAGGAAUAAAUUUAAUUAUUUUAGGAGGGGGGGGAUGAAAUCAUUGGCCGAGGUGCCGAAUACCUUACGCUGGCACUAUUAAAGAUUAUUACUUAUAUUGCAUGAAAUACUUUAAAACUGGUGGUAAAUCUGUCUUAUUCUAUUUUUGAAAAAUUUUGUAAUAAAUAUUUCAAAUCGUGAAUAGUAAUAAAAUUUGUUAAUAGAUAAAACAUUGGAUAGCUAACAUAUCAUUAAUAUAUAUACCUUAGAUGAAAAAUUGUAUUCCUUUAUUAUAUUUUAUUCCCUUAUUCCUUAGUGUGUUUAUAAGUCUUCCAUAAGUUUGUCCGAGUGAGUUUAUAAUGAGUGUCCUUGUUUAUUAUUAUGUUAUGUUUCAUUGAAUAUUGUGAAAUUUAAUGUAUUAUAAUAUGGAGUUUGAUAUAUUUGAUUAAAAAAUAUUUAAGAACAUUUGUUUUAUUCUUACUCCUAGAAAUUUAAUGAUUUUUGUUUUAUCAUAAUUAUUUGAAGAAUUUAGCCUAUCACCUUGAAGAUCUUAUAUAGGAGAUUGAGAUUCAUUUCACUUUAUCUUCCUGUCAUUGUUUUUAGAAAUGAAAAUAACAGUUAAAAGAAAGGUUUCUUAUAUGGUUAAAAUCAGUAAUAAAGCAAACCAAAAUGUGCAGUUAUAAACCUACCUCAUUGUUGACUAUAUAAG